AUGGUAAAGUUAACUCCAGAAGAAAAGAAAGCCAAAAAGGCAGAAAAGAAACUUGCAGCGAUAGAAAAAAAGAGGCAAUUGAAGAGAGAUGCAUUGGAAAGAGAAAUUAAAUUUGGAGACCUAACAUUAAAACGGCAUGAAAAAGAAUGGAGGGAAAUGCUUAUUAAAAUUGCCUUGCCAAGGAUGCGAAAUGAAUUGGAAUUUGCUUGGCAUAAUUUUGAAAGGGUGGUCGACUGUAAGGAUUUCACUAUUUCUUUAUUAAUGGAUGAAAUAAAGGACGCUAAAGAACAAUACAUGGCGAAUUUUAGAAACCACAUUGAAAGUCUUGAUAAGCUCAUAAGAAUGUUUCACGAUAGAUUGAGGGAACUAAAAAGAGAUAAUAAAAAACAAAUAGAAUAUUUAGAGGAAGAGGAUCAAAAGGAGUUGCAAGCUACUCAAGAUUUAGCUGCUGAUGGCACUAUAUACUUAAAAACUAUGCUCUAUACAUUGGAAUUAAACCGAAGAGCGCAAGUGGAAGUGGAAAAUGUUGAAUAUUGUGCUAAAUUGGAUGAAGAAGAACAAAAAACAACCGAAAAGGUAACGACUUUAAAAGGAGUUCUUGAGAAUAAAUACAAUAACAUGUGGAAAGAAACUAAAAACUUUAUAGACGAAUAUAACGAGAGGGUAGGAGGCCGCAAGAGAGAAUACAAAGUUUUAAAAGAACAAGAUGAUUAUUUGCAAGCUAUGCAAGCUAUAGACGUUGAAAAAAUGUUUAAACUUGUAGAAUAUAUAAAAAAAUUGCGCCAUAAAUACAAAGUUUUAGAAAGUACAAUAGGUGAAAGAAUAAACGAUUUAACGGGUGAACACAAAUUUUACUUUGAUGCUUUCAUGGCUCUGAAAAAAAAGCUAGAGCUAGACAGAAAAAAAGAUUUUGAACAAUUAACCGUUUUAGCACUAGACUUUAACAAAAUAAAAACGUACCUAAAAGCCGCAGUUGUAAAAGGUUCGCAUAUUCUUGAACUGGCAAGCACAUGCAGACAACUAGAAACGUUAGAAGAAAAAAUAUUGCCCUUCCCAGUCCCACUUCCAGACGAAGCUUUAAAAUAUAAAUUACCGGAUAUAGAUUCUCCCAUGUAUAAUAAAAGAUUGUUUUUGUUUUGGCAAAGAGUUGGACAAGUCGAUGCGUCAAGGUAUGCCAUAAAUGAAGAAUGUGAAUUUUUGAAACUAGAAAACGAGAUAUUGAGAUUAAAGAUACACAAGUUUUGUAUGUGUUUGAGUUGCAAAAGAGGGCCGUUAAUCACCUACGGCGAUAACACUAAAAAAAACUAA